CGGCCGGGCAACCGCUCUCCGCCAUGCCGCGUCAAGGGCAUAAAUGGCCUGCUUCUGUCAGAAAAUAGCCCUGUGGUCGUAAAUCUGCCAUGUCGUCGUCAAAUUUUUCGGCUUCUAUUCCUGCACCCGGUUCGCCCACCUCCAGCGAGCCUAGAGCAUCCGAUGGGGCCGAGACAAACGCCCACACGACGCCUCCUGGGUCCGAAAUGGGCGAUACUGGUCUCUCUGAACACGCUGCCCGCACCCGAGCAGUGUUGGGAGAACUGUUCUCGGAAAAUGUGAUGGCCAAAAUGCUGCGAGUGGCGGUCGAGUCACUUGACAAUAAUACCCCUCCUAUUGUUUACCCUGAAUUCGUGCCUCAAGAUGGUCCAGACGCCGGGCGGUACUUCCUCCGUGACAAGGAUUUUUGGACCUGUGGUUUCUUCCCAGGUAUCUUAUAUCUAUUACGAGAACGUGCUAUUAAAUUCCCUCAAGCCUUUCCAUAUUUUGGGCACGACAAGGGCGGCAUCUCGAUACCGCAUGCUUCCCUCAGUCGCCAGCUUACCUCUCUUUCUCGUACCUGGACAGAACCUGUCCAAGCAAUGAUGGCUCGGACCGACACACACGACAUGGGAUUUAUUAUCCAACCCUCCAUUCGGAAAGACUGGGAGUUAACAAGCAACCACGAGAGUCUGGAUGCCGUACUUACCGCGGCGCGUAGCCUCGCUAGUCGCUACGUCCCAAGCGCAGGGGCGAUCCGCAGCUGGGACAUUCUGCGCCAGGCAGAUGUCCAAAUCAGCAGUCUUACAGAAGACUGUCUGGUUAUUAUCGACAGCAUGAUGAACCUAGACCUCCUCUUCUAUGCUUCGAAACACCUGUCUGAUCCCAUCCUGGCUGAUAUCGCCACGACGCAUGCGCGGACAGUCAUUCGUUCCCUCCUACGGCCUGAGGAGUCUGAGGGCAGAUACCCGCUCUAUUCAACAUACCAUGUUGUGAAUUUCGAUCCACGCACCGGGGGUAUCAAACAGCAUCGUACGGCUCAGGGAUACCGUGCGGACUCGACCUGGGCGCGCGGACAAGCAUGGGGAAUCCAUGGAUUCGCGCAAACGUACAACUGGACCAAGGAAUCCGACUUCCUCACGACGGCAUGCGGACUGGCGGAUUAUUUCCUGAACCGGCUGGAGACGUCCCCCGCCUGUGUGGAACGGCCUGUUCCCGGAGAGGAGAGGACAAUUGGGCGUUAUGUUCCGCUCUGGGACUUUGAUGCGCCCAUUGAUGGUGAGCCUCUUCGAGAUUCCUCCGCUGGUGUCAUUGCCGCGAAUGGGUUGUUGCUUCUGUCACAGUCUUUGACCAUGGCCGGUGAUGUGAAACUGGCGAGGAAGUACUUUGAUGCUGCGAUUCGGAUAGUGACGGAUACGAUUGAGUUGUCGUACUCUCAAGAGCGAGCAAGAUUGGUCAAUGUUGGAGAUGAUGUCCGUGUGGAGGAUGUCGUGCCUGGACAGCGAUUCGAUGCAGUCCUAAAGAACGCGACAGCGAACCAUAACGCGCAAGAUCAUGAUCGCUACAGUGACCAUGGUCUCGUGUAUGCAGACUACUAUCUGUUGGAGUUUGGUAAUCAGCUGCUGAGGAUGGGUUUGGUUUAGCUGGAUAUAUAGAGGCGUCAUAGAAUUUGCGCCGGUUCCCAUGGUUGGGAGCCAAGAUUCAAAUAGAAUCCCAUU